AUGUCCCAGGUACGAUCGCAUACCGACUCUGGUCGCGACCAGAAAGAUGGUCACAAACAUAGCCACAGCCAUGACCACGGCCAUAGCCACGGCAUUUUAGGGGGUCACCAUCACCAUCACGACAACGCCUACCUAACAUCAGGCAACAAGGACGACCCAGGCGUCCGCAUCACUCGUCUCGGCUUGGUCUCCAACUUGGGCAUGGCAAUUGCCAAGUUUGCUGGUGGAUAUGCUUUCAACUCCAAAGCUAUGACUGCAGACGCCUGGCACAGCAUCACUGAUCUUGCAUCCGAUAUUUUGACUCUUGCUACGGUUACAUGGAGUCUGAAGCCACCAACAGACAAGUUCCCUAUGGGCUUUGGCAAAGUCGAGAGUUUGGGUUCAUUGGGUGUUUCAAGCAUGUUGUUAAUGGGAGGUUUAUACAUGGGCUGGGACAGCGGCAUCAGUCUCUACGGUCACUUUUACCCGGAAGCAGCACACGGUAUCCUCGAACACGUCGGACACGGCCAUAGCCAUUCUCAUGGAGCCGCGGCACUUGGUAUUCCAAGCAUGCACGCAGCUUGGCUCGCCGCGGGAACAAUCCUGAUUAAGGAAUGGUUAUAUCAUGCUACAAUGAAGGUUGCGCGUGAACGCAGAUCCUCGGUUCUCGCAUCAAAUGCUAUUCAUCACCGAGUUGACAGUUUGACGGGCUUUGUCACUUUGGCUGCCAUCAUAGGAGCUAACAUGAUGGAGAACGCGGCGUGGCUGGACCCCGUCGGUGGUUUGCUCAUCUCAAUCAUGGUUAUCCAAGCUGGUGCCGGAAAUACUGUUUCUGCUUUCCGUGAACUGGCGGAUCAAGGUAUUGAUGAUGAUAUCAAGUCUUCGGUAUCAAAACAUGCACACAAGGCGUUGAAGAAUGUGGCAGAAGGGCAAGAGGUUUCCCUCCGCGAAGUGAGCGGCAUCAAAUCAGGCCAGAAUUAUCUCGUGGAUCUUGAGAUGACAGUGCCCGGAGCGUGGUCCGUUGAUGCAACACAGCAGGUUGAGGAUGCAGUACGGACACAAGUAGGAGGCAAGGUGCGCGGUGUGCGAAGGGUUCGUAUCCGAUUCUCACCAAAGGAGGCAACUUCCAAGGCCAAGUUUGACGACUUUAUCCCCGGUACCGUGAUUCUGCCCCCAGAGACAGAGGAGGAUGUUUCUGAAGCAGAAUCGGACCAUGAUCACGGCCAUGACCUGAAAUCAAACGGCAACCAAGACCAUGGCGAUGGCCUCCAGAACAGGAACAAGCAUUAG